CGGCGGGAUUUUAGUCUGAAAACGGAUGUAAACAAAAAAAGUGACCGAAAUAUUUAACAACACUUUGUUUUGGUGAACAAUUCUUCAAAUGUAAAAGCACUUUUGAUUAGACUCGUACUACGGUAACGUAACGGUAUCUUCAUUACAUUUAGUUUUACCGGCAACGAUAACCUUCAUAAAUAAGGUUCUGUGAUGGACCCGUCUGACAACGUGGGGAACCUCAACCCCAUGGUGGAGGCUGUGGCACUGAAUCCUGACAGCUCCAACACACAGAAAUCUAUAACGCUUGAAAAGAUGCUGAGAAUAAAUCAACACGUAUCCAACCAGUUCUUUGAGAUGGCAGUACAGCUCCAAGCAGGAAAGAGUAAGAGAUCAUGCAGCACAUCUGAAGCAGAAAGAGACUUGCCAGAUUAUGUCAAAGAGCUGGAAAGAGUCAAGACCAUUCAUUUUAACAGCACAUUCAUACUACACAGAAUGCAGAUGUGGCACGCCAUUGGAGAAAAGCUGAAACAGAAUGAUUCAGAGGCGGUUGCCCUGACAGCUGUGAGUGAUCACUGCAUGGCUUUUUGUUCACAAAUAAAACAACUUCAGCAAGAGUCAAAAGAUCUUCAAGAUGAUAUUACCGAAAUACAGAAGAAAAGGCUGGAAAUGAAGCGGCUCACACAUGAGAAAAUGAAAGAGAUGGCAGACUUGACGUCCAGACCAGAGCAUCCAGAUACAGAGAAGUUCAAAGUCGCGCUGGAGAAAGGACAGGAGAACCUGAAGAAAUACAGGAAUAUGAACAUCAUGACACAAAACGUCCUCAGGGGAAUCCUCUUGGCCUGCAAAGUCAACUGGAUGGACGAUCCCAAACUUCGAGACAUCGUCAUGACACUGGAGGUCUUGCCUGACUUUGACUAGAAAACAAAUCAAUGUAUUUUAUAUCUGUAUAUAUGUGUCUGUAUUGUUUUGUUAAAUAAAUAAUCAAUAAAACUGCUCAAA